AUGAACCAACUCGCACAAGAGCUCAUCGAAAGAAUCUCUAGCUUUCUACCUAUAGAAGACUUGCGCAAUGUUCUCAUCCUAGAUAGAAAGUUUCGCUAUGCAGCAGAAAGACACUCUGGGGCUUUUGCUGAAUUCGCAGUCACUGAGAGGAACUCAGCCGACUUCCUCAUGCGCUUCUCUGGUCAUCGUCUCCUCUAUCUAAGAGAGGUUACUUUCCGGCCAGACGUCUCGGCAGCUUACGACUUGAAGGGUAACGACAAUGAUGAUCGACUGUUCAGUCGAGAGAAUGCCGACGAGGUGCGAGAGAGAGACGAGUCAUUCACCCGCCAGAUACAAUAUCUUUUCGACACCCUUCAGCUAGUCGAGAAGCAGGCCGGAGAGUAUCACGCUCCGGGCAGGUAUCGACUCACGAUCUACAACCCGAUAAGAAGAACGGAAAACGAAGACGUAUGCCCCCAUCGCUAUAUGACCAGCUGGCGCGUCCAGCUACUAGCAAGGAACUUACCUCCAAUCACGUCCAUACGAUCGUUCAGAAUUGUUAGUAACGACAGUAAAGGGUACGAGUACGAUCACCCUCCCUACGACCCCUACGGAUAUACGUAUUGCCUUCGAUACAACGAAUCUGGGAUGCAGGAAUCGAAGCUUGACCUGCGGAUUCUCAUCGACCUAGCUAUCAGCAUGCCCAAUCUAGAAUAUCUGGGCACCCGAACCGGAGGGUACGAAUGGUGCGAAACCCUGGAUGAAGAUGAAGAUCCGUGUAGUGGACACUUCGAGCACGACUGGACAGGACCGCGACGAGAUGCCCGACAUGAUUUCGCUGCCGCAGUUACCAGCUGUGUCGACAAGCUACCCAAAACGCUGAGGCGAGCUACGCUCGAUUUUUUAUACCCCUUAAGUCGGGUGACUGACUAUGAUCACGGAACGCUUUUUCCAGAUCUUGUAGGUAGCAACCUUACUCACGAUCCUUUCUCGACGAGCCUCGGUAUUUUGUGCAACAACCUUCGCCACCUGCAACUACGGGCCAUGAUUGAUGAGAGCAUCUUCCACGCACUGUCGCCACAGAAUUCCGCAACAUCACACACUCCCUGGCCACACCUUGAACUACUUGAUCUCAUGUUUCACAACGCCCGUCCCGAUGGAACAUGGUAUUUCCAAGGCUCCGACGGCCAAGGCGACGUUGCACGCGGUCUCCCUGUCACAGAUGCUUCCUACCCACCCCAUACUCAUACGCAGCUCGAUGAGGACAUGGACGAGUUUUUUGAAGACUACAUUCGGGCCGGAAGACAGACACGUGGUAAGGAUAAUCACGAGUUCCGGGUUGCUCCUCAUGCCAAUCUCAUCUUACUUCUCGAACGCUUUGCAAGAUCAGCGAUACAAAUGCCGGCGCUCAAGGAAGCAGUAAUAUGGUCACCCAUACAGGGGCAAGAUGUGUACCCGGAGCGGCCGAUGGGUAGUCAACGUGACCUAGAUGUGAUAUGGAGUAUUGAAUACGCUGAACCCUGGUCCUCCUUCAAUGCUAGACCAACUCGGCAAUUAGAUUGGGCGGUAGGAAAAUGGCGCCCUGGGAAGGAACUGCACAGCCUUUUUCAGGAAAUUGGACGCGCGAAACACGGGGAUGAACUUGCGGAGCGCUGGUACCAGGAUGACGAAUGGGAGGUAGGGUGGUCUUUGUAUGAAGUGGAAGGCAUCGCGAAGAGUAGGUUUCGCAAUUACGGGAAAUGCGUUUGA